UUUCUUCGUUUGAAUAGCAAAGAGAGCUAUAUGAAUUAGAACGUUGGCUUUUGAAAAGGAUCAUAGCAGGGGAUAGGAGUAGUAAAAAUGGGAAUACUUUGGUAGAUGAUUUGGAUAGCAAAUAUUAAGAGAGGAUGAAAGAGAAUUGCUUAAGAUGGUUAAGACAUGUACAAAAACGAAGCAUUGGUAAACCACCGAGAAAGCUAGAUUGUUGGAACUCAUGCGACUUAAAGAGAGGGCCAGGAAGACCGAAGAUAAUUUGGAGGGUAGGAGACUAGGAGUGAAAAAAAUUGAAGGAUUUAAACUUACAAGUUGAGAUGGUGAAAGAAGCAAUUAUGUGAAGGACCACUGAAACCAAUUUAUUGGCUUAUGUAGCGAACCCAAAUCUUUUGUAAUUAACGUUUGUGGAUAGCAAAAUGGAAGGGUAGGAAAUGUAAGAAAGAGAACUAAAACUUCUUCAUAAUUUGUACCGACUAACAUUAGAAAGAUUAAGAAGAAAAACACAUCAAUCUUCUCUUUCUUUCCUUUCAAAAAUGUUAUACAAACAUAUUAGUUACGGUGGUGCUUCUUCAACUGUUAUUGUAAUAUUACUGCCAUAAAACUUGAUUGUUGGCUAAUCUGUAUUUCUAAAAGGUUGUUGCUUGCUGGUUUUGUUUUUGUUUUGAAUGUGCCCCGUUUGGGAUUUGGGGUGUUUAUUUCUCAUGGGAAGAGAUUUCAUAGGGUCCUCUUGUAAUACAUAGUGUUACUCAUCGUUGCUUGUAAUUUGUUGUAAUGUUUUAAUUGUUUCAGGAAAUUGGCAAUGUGUUAAUUGUUGUAAUUUGGAUUGAAGUGACUGAUGGUGAAUAUUUAGCAUUAAAUAAGGGAGUCCUUCCUAGCCUUCUAGAAUUAAUCUACCUUGUGGUUGAUAAUGUUCAAACUAGAAGCCGAUCAUCAGGUUUUGUCCCUGUUUCAGAGUCUAGAACGAAGGCCCUCAUUGUACUUGUUAUCAACGAAUUUAAGAUGAACCAUACCUUCAGCAUCUGCAGAGUUCUGUACAUGCUUUUGUUGAUUCACUCCCUUUAACAACAAUUGAAGUUGUUUCAUAUGGUUGAACUGUUUCUGAAUAUGAUUUUUUUGCGGAUUCUACUGCAUCUGCGGAUUUGCUUCUUGGGAAAUCACCUAAAGAGAAGAAGUUAAAAGCAUGGAUAUGUGGGGCUGGUGUAUACUUGUCACCUGUGCAAUGUGCAUGCUUCCCUCCCUUUAGCACAUAUGAUCUUCUCUUCAGUCAGGCCUUUCAAGGAAACAUCCCAGAGACUGCAAGAGACCACUGCUUGGGCACUGCUAUGGAAGUUGCCCUGGUGAUUUUUCAAGGGCCAUCUUCUGGUUUAUCCCGAGGGGUAGUUAAGAACCAGGGGUAAAGAUUCGGAUAAUAGUAUGUGCUGGUGGAUCCAAGUUCCAACACAUUUGGUCCCGGAUCAGUUCCCUAUUCAUCGUCUCACCCAAACUAUCCUUAUCAUGAGAAAACUGCAUCGAAGUGGAUGGACCAUCAGGCUAUGAGGCUCAUAGACAGCACACAGUUGUAGAUAUUUUGUGUGCUGAAACUUGCCCUGUUAGAGUUCCUGUUCCGCAACCCCUGGCUAGAGCAUCUUGUGGUGUUCUUAUUCUUCACGACGACAUUGAAGCGUGUUUUGUGUGAACUUGCAAUUAUUCCAUCUUAGAAGAGACCUGUUGCUCGGAAACAUCAUUGGCCAUGAAGAUGAAAGAUUUGAAAUAUAUUUGUAGAUGCAUUCAUUGAUCUUUCGUUGCAAAUGGUAGCUCCUCGAUGCUUGAUCCACCAUGAAGGGGGGUACCAUUGGGAAACUGCCAGUUUAUGAUCUGGCAAUGCAGUCAGAUACCGCUGCUGUUUUAGAUCAUGGGACCGAUUUCUCAUCUGGCUGUGAGUGAGGCUCAUCAUUUUAGGUGAUCCAUUCGUGUCGUUUUUGGACAAUGAGCCUUCUCUAUUUCUCUUUUGCAAUCGCAACCCUUUGGUUCCCGCAUUGUGAGGCGAGGAAAUCGAUGGUGCUAUCGAGUCCUACAAAUCAAAACAUGAAACACAAACACCUGAAAAUAUUGGAAAUGGCAAAGACAUUGAAUAUGCUGAUAGAUGUAUCUGUAAGCUCUCCUUUUACUUUACCUCCUUAUGAUUCUUUGCCUCCUGUUCCUUUACCCGGCACCAACUAUAACCCGCCCAUUUGUAUAUACCCACCACCCAACCCACAAUCCCCGUCCACCACUGUCCCAAGCCCAAUCGGACUUACACCUUCUCCGACUAUACCAAGCCCAUCAAUCAUCUUUCAAGGGCCUCCAUACUAUGUUCCAAACCCACCACCAUACUAUGAUUAUGAACCUAGCCCACCUAGUAGUAUUAUUCCUAGUCCACCACAAUCUCCAAUCGGGUUUGAACCUAGCCCACCCGUAUUUGAACCUAGCCCACCUGUAUUUGAACCACCGGUAGUGCAUCCACCACCAACAGGAUCAUCAUCACCAUAUGGUAGUGGUGGACAUGGACAUGGUCGCGUUUGGUGUGUUGCUAAACCAUCGGUUCCAGACCCAAUUAUCCAAGAGGCUAUGAAUUAUGCAUGCGGGUCGGGUGCAGAUUGUGGCCCUAUACAACCCAACGGGUCGUGUUUCGUACCCAAUACACUUCUGUCACAUGCUUCUUAUGCCUUCAAUAGUUACUGGCAAAGGACCAAAGUUGCUGGUGCUACUUGUUCCUUUGGAGGAACUGCCAUGUUAGUUACUGUUGAUCCAAGUUCACAAGGAUGUCAUUUUGUGAGUAAUGAAUGAAUAAGAGAAAGAAAUUUAACAUCUUUGCAAAGCUUUAAGCAAGUAAUAAUAGUGUUGUCCAAGUUCACCAUUCAAGUAACAAAAUCAAACCAUGAAAGACAUGUAGGGUACCCUUUAAUUGGAAGCUUUUGAGGAAAAAAUAGGUCAAUAACUAGUUUAGAAUUUAUAGGACUUUGUUGGCAUCCUUUCUUAUGCAUUAGGAAGGGUAUAAAUUUUGUAAGGGAGAUUUGUUUAUGAUAAUCCUAUAAUUUUAAAUUUUUUUCAUGGUGG